AUGUCGCCCCUCACAGACAACCCAACAACACACAAGGCUCGACACCAAACGGCUUUGGGCAAGGUGGCUAUUGGCGAGACGGCCCCAUUCGAGGCGGAUAUGGAAGAGGCAACUUCGGAAGCUGGCGCAAUAACUACAUACAAGGCGGUCAAGGGCAAGGUCGCUACAACCAAUCGGCCGGUCAACCAUUCAACGGUCUUUGCUUCCGGUGCAACCAGCCCGGCCAUUUGUUCCGGGACUGUCCAUGGUCAAAAAAUGAGUAGGAGGGGUACGGGAUGGUCGAACCUCGUCUUACCAUCACAAUCCAUCCGUCAUCAUGGUUGCGCUCAAACUCAACAACUAUCCCACCCAAGCCAUGAUCGACACGGGAUCAACCGCAUCACUCAUCCCCUUCUCCCUUCUCAACAACAUCCACCAUGGCCCGAUCCUCCCACGAACAUCAACAGCCACCCUCGGCGACGGUCAGAGCAAGAUGAAGAUUAUCGGCCAAGUUUAUCUAAAAGUUAA